CGGCUGCAAGCUACGACGACGGUGCCGCAUCUCGCCGCACAAGGAAGGAAGUCAGUGCUUCUGCAGCAUAUGUACGGUGCGGGUUGUGAUUUUUAUGCUUCUCCGCUAGGUUUAUGUGCGCUUGCCUGUGGCUGGGGGGACGCACGGUUGAUUGUGACGGGUUUCAAACGGAUUCUUCGAUGUGCUGUCGGCACUUGUGAUGUUUGGUGUCGUGUGGAGAAUAGAUUUUGACGACGGAUUUUGUGAAGAGGAACAAUAAAUCUUUGCUUCCCGUAUUGAAGUAAAGUACUAUCAGUGAUAAACAGUUUAAACACAGAACAAAAAUUACGAAAACUCCAAACUCACAGUAUGGUAAUCGAAAACAAUUGGCGCGUUGUGCUCGAAAAUUAAAAAUAUCGUGAAUGGUUAUUGGAAACUGAAGCUGAAUGUGUGUGCACAAUUGGACCAGGAAAAUCAUUGAAGUUGAGGGGUGAUAGAGCGUGGAAAAGUGAAAUAAAAUUCAAUGAAUCGUCGACGAUGGGCGACCCAAAAUAGCUCCAAUAAAAGUACAAAUGAAUAAUAGUGCAACCGGGAGAUAGGACCAGUGUGCUGUAUCGCGACUGCGAACGGAAAAUUAUCCCACGUGGAAAAUUACACCCAAAGUGAUGCUGGGGUGAUGGUGUUGCUGUCGAUGUUAUUGUUGUUGUUGCUGAUGACGAAUUCAUGAAGAACCCCCUCGUGUCCAGGCGUGUGGAUCAGGUGCAUGAAACUAUGAUGAAGUGAUCCCAGAGAUUCGGUAGCUGUAGAACAGGCAGUGAUUGCAAUCAACAUGAUAAUCAUCGAGAGAAAGUAAUUUGAUUGCAACCAAUAACGGAUUAUCCCUUGUGGAAACGAGGAUUUUUUUUCGUUGUUCGUUGCCGUUGUGAAUUUGGUGUUGAUCCUGCUGCGGAGCUGCGCGUUUCUAGGAGAGAACCGAAAGCCUGAGCCGUUUCCAAUCGCACACGGACGAACGGUACGAAGAUGUCGAGAUGAAGUAGAACUCGGUGCACUCGGGGGCCGAUAUUACGGGAGGAAUUUCUGCCAACAUUAUAAGGUGAUUAAAUGAGGAUUAAUGUUUUUGUGCCUGCCCAUAUUGCGUUCGUCACGACGAAAGAAGCUGUUGGUGGCCUGAAGGCAGUAGGACUCAACCCACCGCACUGCAGUGCAUAUGGAAAAUCUAGCCGGAACGGAGACGUUGGAUGACAGGGUGAAAAAACUACCAUCUCCAGGAUCGAGAAGCUAAAGAUAGAACGGAAGGAUAGUAAGUUUUGCCCUGCCCUCCUGUGUCAACUGUGUGUAGCGCAAUAAAUUUAAAUAUUAAGGCGCUCGUCGACAAUUACUUCUAGCUUGCAGCUACGAGUCAAGGCUGUAAACUAAUUACAUAAUUGAAGAAAUCUCGCCGGGAGUAAGCAGAAGGACGGUGACCGCUCGCUCGAGCCAGCAAAGUGUGAAAGGAUUCCGUGUAAUUUAGUGCUGCUGGUUCCGGUUGAGAGAGAUAGAGAGCGCGAGCGGAAGGACAUGAUAUUCAGAACAAUGCGGAUGCAAAUGGGAUGAGAAAAAACUAGCCAAGAUUAUAUUGAAAAGAAGUACAGAAGCAAUUAAAGCAAUUGGAUUUUUGCCUUGCCCUUGUCAGUCGACAAGAAAAGCGUGAAACAUUCAAGAGAAAUCGAAGACACUGAUGCACGUGCUUGACCUGUUGGCUACAGUGGGGGAGGUAAAAACGAGGGGGACAAUUAAAACAGCCCGGGGAGCUUAGGUGGCAGGGUCGGAAAUUAUGUGAUUUGCUACCGUUGAACCAUAAGUCAGGAACGGAACGUGGUGGUAGACAAUCGCGCGGCGAAUGCACUUGAGGAAAUUGAAAACAGCGAUUUGACCUUUUUCGUAAGUUCUCGCUAGACAUCGAUUGCCUACCGGAAGGGGGAAACGAUACGAAUUGAACUUCGAGACUAUUCCAAGUGAUUAAUUUUUGAUGUCGAAAUGUUCGCGCGAGUGGAAAAUUGAAGAGACUGAAGAUUUCUCGACGAAGCUUUGCGAGCAAACGGGAAGACGACGAAGAAAAUCGUUAGUGAGAAAUUGCUAAUUCGUGUAAAUAUUUGAAACCUCCUUGGUUGGCGUCUUCCGCGGGUGCACAGCCAGCAAAGAUGAGCGCCGGCAGAAUGGAUCGAGCUUCGGCUGCAGUUGUCGUGAUACUAAUCAUAACCGCCACUACUGGUGCUGCUAAAGCCAUGGAGUACCCAAAAAUUACCGAGCACCCAUUGGAUGUGAUAGUGCCCCGACACGAGCCUACCACUCUCAACUGCAAGGCGGAUGGUAUCCCCUCGCCUACGAUUACCUGGUACAAGGAUGGCGAGCCGAUCAAGGCGGAACAAGGUUCGCACAAAAUUCUACUGCCCGCUGGAGGACUGUUCUUUCUGAAGGUCGUGCACUCACGUCGCGAAAGUGACGCCGGAGUCUACUGGUGCGAAGCGCGGAACGAGCUGGGAGUGGCGAGAAGUCGCAACGCGACACUGCAGGUGUCAGUUCUUCGCGAGGAAUUUCGGCUGGAGCCCCAGAACACCCGGGUGGCGCAAGGAGAAACCGCUCUGCUGGAAUGUGGACCACCGAAGGGCUAUCCCGAGCCGGUCAUUUUUUGGCGCAAAAACGGACAGACGAUGGAUUUGGCGAACUCAAAGCGAAUACGCAUCGUCGAUGGAGGCAACCUGGCCAUCCAGGAUGCCCGCCAGUCAGACGACGGCCGUUACCAGUGCGUGGCGAAAAAUGUAGUUGGCAUUCGGGAAUCGACAGUCGCAUUCCUGCGCGUACACGUGAGACCAUUUCUGAUACGUGGCCCACAAAACCAGACGGCUGUGGCCGGCAGCUCAGUGGUAUUCCAGUGCCGCGUCGGAGGCGAACCAGUUCCGGACGUCCUGUGGCGGCGCUCAGCAUCCGGUGGCAAUAUGCCUUUAGGUCGCGUUCACGUCCUGGAGGAUCGCAGUUUGCGCAUCGACGACAUCACCGUGGAGGAUAUGGGCGAAUACAGCUGCGAGGCUGAUAAUGCCGUGGGGACUAUUACCGCCUCUGGAAAUCUCAUUGUUCACUCGCCACCAAGUUUCAUCGUCAGACCAAAAAAUCAAAUAGUGGAACUGGGUUCCGAGGCCUUAUUCGAGUGUCAGGCUAUCGGACAUCCGCAUCCGACUUUGUUCUGGUCACUGGAAGGGAAUCGAACUUUGUUGUUUCCAGAAACCCGCUUCGGUAACAUUGAAGUGACCGAGAAUGCUGAUGGUACCAGCAUCUUGUCGGUUUCCAACAUCGAUCGGAUCGAUAAUGGAAAAGUGAUCGUGUGUAGUGCUGUGAAUGGUGUCGGAAGUGUCAGUACCCGGGUGGUACUGAGUGUGAAUCUUCAAGAUGAUCGACCACCGCCAUUGAUCCUGCAGGGACCUGUGAACCAAACGUUACCUAUCAAAUCUGUAGCAAUCCUCCCAUGUCGGGCGUCCGGUAUACCGACACCGGUGAUUUCUUGGUAUCGGGAUGGAAUACCGAUCCUUACUUCCGCUAGAAUUAACAUAACCGAUUCCGGAACGCUAACUAUUUCGGAUCUGAACAGAAACGACGACAAUGGGUUGUACACUUGCGUUGCAAGUAGCAAGACAGGGAAAUCAACUUGGAGCGCUUCGUUGCGGCUGGAUGUGCCCACGAAUCCGAACAUUAAAUUCUACCGAGCACCGGAAGCGUCAACCUUUCCGGGUCCUCCGGGAAAGCCUCAGGUGACGGACGUAACCGAUAGUAGUGUAACAAUUUCCUGGGUGAGAAGCAACGCUGUCGGCGCGUCUAGCUUGAUUGGUUACACGGUGGAGAUGUUCGGCCGUAAUGCCACCGACGGUUGGGUGGAGGUAGCCAGCAAGGUGCUGGAUACCAGCUGGACCCAACGCGGACUCGGACCGGGUGUUACGUAUUACUUUGUGGUGCGAGCGGAGAACUCGCACGGUGUUUCACUGCCUAGCCCAAUGUCGGAGCCGAUCAUGGUUGGAAUGAACGAACUAAACUCCGGCCUGGACAUGAGCGAAGCCCGUGCCAGUCUGCUUUCAGGAGACGUUGUCGAGCUCGUUAAUGCCACUUCGGUCGAUUCCACCGCGAUGAAACUUGUUUGGGAGAUCAUCAAUGGCAAGUACGUUGAGGGAUUCUACAUCUACGCUCGCAACCUGGAGCAGGAUUCGGAUCGUUCGUACAAGACACUGACGGUCCUGAACGCUGGCAGUGUUUCUUCUUGCACCGUCAGUGGACUGCAGAAGUUUACGGAGUAUGAGUUUUUCAUUAUACCUUUCUACAAGACGGUGGAAGGCAAACCAUCGAACUCUCGGUUGGCCCGAACGCUUGAAGAUGUUCCAAGUGUUCCUCCGACCGCGAUGGAAGCUCUACUUCUGAACUCGUCAGCCGUAUAUCUGAAGUGGAAGCCACCUCCUGCUGGUUCGAUCAACGGUAUCCUUCAAACCUACCAUGUAAUCGUGCGUGGUUUGGAUGUACGGUCCAAUUAUACGAAGGUUUUGAGCAAUGUAACGAUCAACGCCACUUCGCCCAAUCUAAUGUUGGCGAAUUUAACCGAAGGAGUUACGUACACGGUUAGCAUGGCAGCGGCAACGACUGCCGGUUUGGGUCCCUUCAGUAGUCCGGCCACUUUACGGUUGGAUCCGUUGACGAAACAACUGGAUCAGACUUCGCACCGAUAUCCGAUCAACCAUGAUAACGCGGAUGACAUCCUCACAAAGCCGUGGUUUAUUGUUGCACUAGGGACCAUUUUGGCACUGAUGAUGUUGUCUUUCGGGGCAAUGGUCUUCGUCAAGCGGAAACAAAUGAUGAUGAAACAGUCAGCGUUGACUGCUCUGAGAGGUCACCCAGGCGCGGGAGUUCUAAAGUUCCCUUCCCUACCACAGAGCAACGACACCUAUUGGGCGGAUCCAUCGACAAUACUGUGGCGUCAUCCCACUCGACCAAAGGAUCACAUUCAAGAUUAUGCACCAGUUUGUACCUCAGACCAGAACAACCGGAAUCGAUACGUGGGGAUCGAUUACAGCGAGUAUCCUACCGAUUACGCCGAAGUUUCAUCGUUUAACCCUAGCGCUCCGAAUAAUGACGCCACCGUUGGCAGUAAAGCACCGUCGGAAUACAGUGGAACUCGCUCGCCUGCCCCGUACGCAACGACAACUCUGAUAGGCAAUUCGAGAUUUAUAACGACCUCUUCGACUGGUGCCUCCGUAGACAACAUUCAUCAUCAACAAUCGGUUUAUGGUGGAGGCAUGUACUAUAGCAACGAUUCUUAUCCGCCGAUGGCCGUCACCACGGCGGCCGAUUCCGGUGCUAAUGGAAACUGCGAAAAUGGUGGUUUACUUGUGGGUGCAAGGUCAGGUAACUACGGCCGGAACGUAUAUUCGGAGUCAUAUUUCAAUCCGGGCGAGAAAAUCAAUAUCACCGAGAAUAAGCUGGCGUCGUUGAAAAACGACAAAGGUAACAACAACAACAGCAGUAAUAUCACCUCUAAUGGCACCAGUAACGGGGGCUAUCAGUUGGUGCCCAACCAUAGCGGAAGCAGUGCCAGUAGCAGUAGCAGCAGCGGUGGGGGUGGAGGUGGACGUUCCGAAACGAGUAAAAUCUUCCAUCCCAGUAGCCACUCGGUGCCACACACGCCAUUCGGGACAAUAAGAAAAAACCGUUUCAAAUUAGCCCGGACUCCGAUCAAUAAUCUGAGGAUUAGUUUCGGGACGGCUGACCGGGGCAACGGCGGUGGAGGUCCCGGCGAGGAUGCUGGCAGUGAAUAUGGUAAUCAACAGCAGUAUCAACAGCAUCAGCAGCAAAGUCAAAGAAAGAAAAUGUCCUCGCUUAAUAAUUUAGGAGCACAGGAGCAGCUGUAUAUAAAGAUAGGGGAAACAAAUCCGAACAAUGCCAACAGUUGGAAUGGUCAUUUGGCUAACAUAUACCAAAACUCGGUUCGAUCGGUGCGGCCACCGGAGCAAGCCAUCGACGGCGACGGCGAGGGGGAAGCUGUCUACCAUCCGACCGGCAACCGCAGCGUCAUCAGCUAUCGGUCCGCUUCCGAGUACGGCGAGAAUGUCUGAGAAUUGCGUACCGGGUUCGGGUUGACUAUUUAUAAUAACUUAUUCUGACGCCGCGACGCAGAAUGGACGAAAGACUGAGUGUGAUUUGUGUGUCGUUUUUGGGUUCGUCGUGUAAAGGAAGGGCAGGGACACCUCAUCCCGUGCGGAGGGUGGGCGAGUGUGUAGGUGUGUUCUCUGCUCUGGUUAGUAGUAGAUAGGUGAAAAGGUAAAACGUGGCCGUGAUUUUUGCUGUUGACCGCUGCUCGGAGCUGUAAAUUAUUGAUGUCCUGUUAUCGUUUCGUCGAUAUGCUGUGCUGGAAAUGGUGCUGCUGGUGUGCAAAGGUGUGCAUUAUAUAUGCGCCUGGAUUGAGGAGAGAUCGAUGGAGGAGAAUGCUAUUAAUUAAGACUGAUCGCAGUACUUUCCGCUGUGGGAUAGGGAAGGAGCUUGAGAGAAAGCAACCUAAAGCGGACAGGGAUAUUCAAUCAGCUUUAAUCUCAGAAUAACUUCUAUCUUUCGAUAAUUCUAACCCGAAGUAAAUAUUUUUUUUCAUUCUCGUCUAUGUAAUGUAAAAUCUAAUUGCCAAUAGAAUUUCGCGCGAAAUCUGAGCUUGCCAAAACCCUCUCAGAGUUUAGUGAAACUUUGUGAGUUGAGAUACAUGAAAAUGUUAGAAAAACUUAGAACUUUUUCAAAUGAACUUCAAGUUUGAAGAGUGAAAAAUUUUAAAAUUACGAAUGUCACCGAACACACAAAGUUUUACUGAAAACUGAGAGACUUGUGAGUAAAUUGACUUGAAAUCUCUCUAAUUUAUUUUCCCGAUGUAUAUUCCCGUUGACUCUCAUCUGAUCUGAUCCAAAUUCAAUAUCUCUUUGACAUGUUUUUUUUUUUUUUGUCAAAGAGAGUAAUUUAUUAGCAUGACAGCUUCUCUUUUCCGCUCAUAUCAGAGCAGCGAGAGAAUAAUGAGUGUUAAUCUAGUGAUAAAUCAAUAUCAGCGAAAAAACAAUCCUAUUUGCACAGAAUACUCAUACGAAACUGUAUGUCAUCCGAUUGCAACACACGCACAGCAAAAGAAAAACGUGCAAAAGUUACUAAGUCGAAAAUAAAAGCUACAGCUAUGUUAGACUUUAAGUAAAAUGUCCAGUUAAACGAAAUUAUAUAUUCAGUACCCGUGUAAAUAAGCAGUAUUGUUAUCGUACCGUUUAUCUACGUUAACAGUUCAAAAUUGUACCUACUUUAACUUAAAACUAGCGAUGAGCAAAUAUGUUAAAUAUACGCUUGAAUACUUUCGGUUUCGCUUUAAAAACUAUCGAUUAAAGAAAAAACAAAAAUCAGCAAGCGCUCACGUUUUCUAAUAGGUUAGCCAAAACUAAAAACUAUCAUCGCCUAUUUUCCGUGUGACGAGCGAGAAGGAAAAGCAAUAAAUACAAAAAAAAAACAA